AUGGAAAUUGUCUUCAAGCUCCACGGACCUCCGGACAAGAUGGUUUCAGAUCAGGAUCGGAUCUUCCCUAGCCGGGUGUGGCAAGAGCUGGCCAAGCUGACACGGACCACACUUAACAUAUCGUCAGCGCGGCACCCGCAGACCGACGGGACUACUAAAAGGGUUAACCAGUGCAUGGAGCUUUACUUGAGAUGCUUCGUCCACAAUUGUCCGAGCAAAUGGGCUGACUGGCUGGCGUUGACGGAGUUCUGGUACAACACAUCAUACCACUCAGUGCUCAAAUCAUCUGCCUUCGAGGUGCUGUAUGGCCACAAACCUCGAUUUUUCGGCAUCACCAACAUCGCUGAUGAUACGGUGUCUGACCUGGCGGCAUGGACGAAAGAUCGAGCAACAGUGUUGCCAUCCCUGAAGCAACAUUUGCACCGCGCACGCCAAGUAAUGAAGGCCAAGCGGACCAUACCGAGUGUCACUAGACGCGUCGGCGAGGUGGUGUACAGAUUGGCGCUGCCUGAGCAUGCCAAGAUCCAUCCCGUCAUCCACGUGUCUCAGCUCCACGCGGGCGUGCCUCCGGACACACAAAUCAUGCCGGAGUUGCCUGUUCUCGACGAGGAUGUCCUACCCUUCCAAGUACCAGCAACCAUUCUUCAGCGCCGUGACGUGCAGCGCGAGUCCGGCAAGUACCGCAAGUGCUGGUUCAUUGGUCUGGAUUUCCUCGGUCGCUGGCCACCUGGGAAGAUGAAGUGCCUCUCCACGCCAGGUUUUCUCGAGCCUUGGCUUGGGGACAAGCCAAAAUGCAAGGGGGGAGGAAUGUCACAGGAACUACUGAAGGCCAAAGCCCAGCACCGCCAGACCGGCCCAAGAGGACCGACAAGUGACUGGGCUAGUGUGGAGCAAGUGAGGCUACUUAAGGCGAGGCAAGAAACUAGCUAG